AUGAAGACCAUCUACUUGCUCGUGCUGCUGUUUGCUGCACUAGGCGGUAGCGUCAAGAGCGACUCGGCAAGAAUUCACAUCGUGGAAAAGUUCUACUUCUAUUUUAACUACAAGAUCGAAGAAAUCGUUGGCGGUGAGAGGACGUUUGCUCCGAAUUUGAAACCGCCUCAUCAGCAGAACGCGAGGAAACAGGUCAACAUCCGUGAUCUCAUGCCCUCCGUCUCCGAGAAAUCGGCUGAGCCAUACAAGGAGCUCUACCAGAAGACACAAGCCUGGGUCAACAGUGUCAAGAAGAAAAUCGAUGUUCUCGAUGCUGAUCGCAAGAAGGAAGCGAAUGGAUUGAUGGACGCUGCCAAGAUUGCGGUCGAAGAUAUGGCGGCGAUGCGGACGGCCGGCUACAAGAAUGCUAAGUAUGAAGCUUUUUACGACAGGUUUCGAGGGAAAAAGAAUGAUGCCGGCGAGAAAUACCGCGUCGAUCUCUACCUGAAGAAGAUUAAGCCUGAGAACAACGGGGGAGUAUCUAACUAUAAGGAGAUUGAUAGAGAAAAGCUGCGUCAGGAGGGAACUGGUGCUGCACUAGAGAUGAUUGAAUGGAUGGAUGACUGGGAUGAUCCUCGACAUGAGCAGAUGCGCACCAGAGUACGACCAGCAUUCCGCGUCUUCUCUCAUUGCAAAAGAGACUCAAGUCGCCUUCUCAAUCUGCCAGAUGAGUUACUGUGGCGAAUCACCGAGUUCAUCGCCGACCAAGAAAGAGGCCAUUUCUUGUCCUCCUUCGCUCUGGCUCAUCGCGAGUGCCGGCAACUUGCUCGACCACAUCAAUUUUCUGACGUCUGGAUUACUCGGAGUGAGACAUCCUGGGAGUUUCUCCGCCAUAUCAAGCGAGAGACCGAAGAUGAAGGGCCAGCUAUCGGGACAUUCAUCCGUUCCCUCACCAUCACAGUUGACGAGGACCUAUGUCUCGACUACGGGUGCGCCACGGAUGACGAAUACGAACAGUGGCGCGAGUACUGGCAGGGUUUGAUCGAUGAUUUGACCCAGGUCCUGGAAUCCAGGUCCGCUAUGCCUAAUCUUGAGCGGGUGUUUUGGAUGGAUACAGGAGGGCUCGAAGUGCAACCACGUCUGCUCCGAGUUAUAUUACAAAAGGCAUGUCCUUAUCUCCCUGGAUGCCUGAGUGAGCUUCACUUCGCCGACUACAAGUUCCUCUUCGAAGAAAUUUAUGAUGUUGCGCCGUCUAUGCCUGCGACUCCUUCAUUGUCCGUACGCUCGCUGUCGUUCGGAUACGACGAGAAUCAUACAUCAAUCACAGGUGCUCUAGACGGCUGCACUACAUACCUGGCCGAGAACAUUCUCCGCCGUUCUGCGCUCACACUCGAGUCCUUCGUCUGGAAUGCUCAAUUCAAAGGUGAAAUGGCUCCUGAAGACGACGACGGUACAACUUCCCUGCUGUUCUUCCGGGAUGGCCCCAUUACUUUCAACCAAUUACGGAAGUUCUGGUGCUCCCUCACGCCGGAUGAGGGCAUACAACCAAGUGUUCUCGAGAGCUUUCUGGCCGCUCCUCUGCUCGAGAACUUCUCACCCUCAGCUCACGUGUCAUCCUUGAUAUUGGCCAACGGACUGGUAGAAAAGUUCCCGCUCCCCAACCUCCGCACAUUCGCUGUAAGCGGCGUCUCAGCUGCCAUAUCCAAAAACGAGGUGCCGGCCUACGUCGACACGGUGUUGACUCUAGCUGGCCGCUACGCCCCGCAGAUCGAGGAGGUUUUCGUCUACCUCCAGGGAAACCCGGAACAGUUGGCUACUCACUUUGCAACCCACAACUUCCGCAACCUCAGGUCCUUGUGCUUUUCGUGGCCGUAUGACCCAGACUUUGUUGUUCUCCAGGCCAUCGGAACGCAUCUCACCACCCUCGAGGAGCUGUCCUUUGGGUUCCAGCCCGCCGACGACCGUACCGGAUGCGAGCGUAACACGUGGGACAGCUCGAGUCUACUCUCUCAUGAAGCCAUCAUUGCGGCCAUCUCACCUCUGAAGAGCCUGGUCAGGCUAUGUGUUUUCGGGGACGAGUACGUCGCGGAUUGGAGCGGCCAUCACUGGGCGUGGCAUCGCUUCUUCAAGCAACAUGUUGACUUCCAUCAAGGGCGCAGCUACACUGUCAGAAAACAGGGACAUCGCCCGGGAGAGGGACAACUCUGGUCUGAGGCAAUCCGAGGACAUAAGACACCAGGUGACCAAGGGAAUGAUUGGAUUACGCGCUGGGUAACAAACGAAGCUGAGGAUACGUAUGCUGCGAUGCUGAUGGUUGCUGCACGAUACGCUUCUGCUCUCCCGAAGCUACAAGAUUUUAUUGGUGGAAGGGUUUUGGUAGAGAUUGCAAAUAGUGCACAGUAA